GUGGCAAUAAAACCCUCCUGCUUCCUUCCUUCCACCACUUCAAGUUCAGAUUAUCGAUCAUUUGAAACAAACACUCCAAAUUUCUCCCACAUUGUAAUCAGGGGUUUGAUUUUUGAUUUGAAAACAGGUGAACUGUUAAGAAGAUGGCGUAUGCAGCAUUGAUGCCAACAAAGCUAGGGUUAGAAGGUUCACAUGAUCAGAUUCACAGGCUUCGAACCACUACCACUUGCAUGAAUGUGGACAAUCUGAGUAAAGCAGUUUUUGUUCGUGGAGCCCACGCUGACAAGCUGAAAGUCAAAGGACCGGUCAAAAUGCCACCCAAAGUUCUGCACAUCAAAUCUGCAUUGUCUUGUGUUGAAGAGAAGACAGGGUUCAAGGACUUUUUGCACAUCAACGAUUUUGACAAGGAAACAAUAUUAACAAUCUUGGAUAGAGCCAAAGAAGUGAAAGCAUUGCUAAAAUCAGGCGAAAGGACGUAUCUACCCUUCAAAGGGAAAACAAUGGCAAUGAUCUUUGCAAAGCCCUCGAUGAGAACCCGUGUCUCCUUUGAAACAGGCUUCUUUCUACUUGGUGGACAUGCAAUAUAUUUAGGCCCAAAAGACAUUGAAAUGGGAAAACGUGAAGAAACCCGUGAUGUGGCCCGUGUUUUAUCUCGCUACAAUGACAUCAUCAUGGCCCGACUCUUUGCUCAUCAGGAUCUUUUGGACUUGGCAAAUUACGCAAGUGUCCCUGUGAUCAAUGGGCUGACAGAUUAUAAUCAUCCGUGUCAAAUCAUGGCUGAUGCUCUUACAAUGAUUGAACAUAUUGGUCAGAUUGAAGGGACUAAGGUUGUGUAUGUUGGAGAUGGGAAUAAUAUUGUGCAUUCUUGGCUUUUGUUGGCUGCUGUUGUGCCUUUUCAUUUUGUGUGUGCGUGUCCAAAAGGCUUUGAGCCCGAUAAAGAGACAGUUGAAAAAGCCCAACGGGCUGGAGUUGGGAAAAUUGAGAUUACAAAUGACCCGAAAGAAGCUGUUAAAGGGGCUGAUGUUGUGUAUUCAGAUGUUUGGGCCAGUAUGGGCCAAAAGGAAGAAGCUGCAUAUCGUCGACAGGUUUUUCAAGGAUUUCAGGUGGACGAAGAACUUAUGAAGAUAGCUGGACCUCAGGCUUACUUCAUGCAUUGUUUACCAGCAGAAAGAGGUGUGGAGGUUACUAAUGGAGUUAUUGAAGCUCCAAACUCCAUUGUCUUUCCCCAAGCUGAGAAUCGAAUGCAUGCACAAAAUGCAAUUAUGCUACAUUCACUUGGCCUUUAAACAUAUGAAAUUAUGUGCUUCUUAUAGAGCUUUUCAAUCUGUUUUAUGUUUGUCAUGUUUGUUGAUCACAGUUGACUUUUGAGAUGUUGGGUCAAAAAACUUAACUAAUGAUUCCUAAGAGCAUGUUGUAUGGAGAACAA